AGUUUUAUUACAAAAUCAUUUCCUCUCAUCGCCCAAUAAUACAGAUGGGUAUUUGUUUUUGAAAGAGUGUGCUGCGUGCAGGCAGACGGCUGUGAACUUCUGGGUGAUGUCAAAUGAAUACUUUAUUGAGUUUGCCUGCAGCACUUCUGAGUUAAUAUGCACUGAUGCCUAUGUGUGUGUGAGUGUGUUGGCAGUCAUGCAUCAGAACACCACGAACACACUCAGCGGAGGGGAGGGUACCAGGUGCAGGAUGUGGGGUCUAUGCAUCCACUCCCACACACUUUCUUAGUCACUGUGCCCACUCAGACUUUGCCAGCCCCUCCCAGCAGAGCAGGGAGACCCCUUUCUGCCAGUGUGUGGAUGAAAUCCAAAGAAAUCAGGCACUCUGCAAGACACGGCUCAGUCUAGCACAGACUCAAACAGUGCUUGCUGCUGGGACUGGCUUAGAGGCUUUCCCUCGGGGACUGAACUGUGACGAGCUACCUGUGGGUGAACAUCUCUUGGAGAUAGAGUAUUGGAUACUGGAUGCGUUGGAAAAAUGCAAGAUAGGAGGUUUGUUUCUGAGGGUCCAGGGCUGAAGCCUCCGCCCGAAUCUGGGUUCUUCUCUGCACCUCUCGCCAGGCCGGGUAGCAACAUCUUCAGCGCCGUCCAGCAGCAGGACUACUCCGCCAUGAUCUGGCUCAAAAGAAGGGAUAGAAUGGAACGGUCCCAGCAGAAGUGUAUUGCUGUGUUUGCACUGGUUUGCUGCUUUGCUGUCCUGGUGGCUCUAAUUUUCUCUGCUGUGGAUGUCUGGGGAGAGGAUGAGGAUGGUGUCACUGAGGAGAACUGCAGCAAAAAUUGUCGCAUUGUCCUUGUGGAGAACAUCCCAGGGGAGCUGUCAUUCAAUAGUUCAACCCAUGUCCCUCUCUCUGUGGGUCUCAACCACCUUUUGGACCAAGCAAAACUGUCAGUUGAGAUAGUGUCCCCAUACUGGGCUCUGACCUCCGCCGAUCAGGGGUCACGACUUUAUUCUGCCUAUCAGGGUCAGUAUUUGUUUCAGAGAUUAUUAAACCUGAAGUCUCGAGGUGUCAAAUUAAAGAUUGUCAGUGAUCAGCCCAACUCCAUUGAGAUAAAAAGCAUGUCUGACCGCUAUGCAGAAGUCCGCUAUGUCAACAUGACAGCCCUCACCAGAGGUAGACUGCUUUCCUGCUUUUGGGUAGUAGACAGGAAGCACAUUUACAUUGGCAGUGCUGGCAUGAACUGGAAGGCGCUGUCCAAGCUGAAGGGGCUUGGGGUGAUAGUGUACGACUGUAGUUGUCUGGCUCUGGACCUGCACAGGAUCUUUUCUUUCUACUGGCAGCUGCAGUACAGAGACUACAUCCCUUCAAUCUGGUCCAAGAGAGUCACGGCCGUGUUCAGCAGAGACCAGCCACUCCAGCUCAGGCUCAACAAUACAGAUGCUUCUGCCUAUGUGUCGACGUCUCCAGAUCUCUUUUGCCCCAAGGGUCGAAGCAGAGAUAUAGAUGCUAUACGACAUGUGAUUCGAGAAGCAAAGAGAUUCAUCUACAUCUCUGUAACCGAUUACCUGCCCUUAGUCAACCGCAGCUUCAGAGGAUCACCAAUCAUAAGAUACUGGUCGCCAAUAGAUGAGAUGCUCCGGGAGGCUGUGGUACUGAGAGAGGUCAAAGUUCGUCUCUUAAUCAGUCUCUGGACACGUACACAUCCGCUGACCUUUAACUUUAUUACAUCAAUGCAGGCUCUUUGCACAGGACUGCCAGUCUGUUCUAUAGAGGUGAGAUUUUACAGAGGCAAGGAGCAGAUGGGAGGAUUUCCGCAUAGAAUAAAUGAGAAUAAAUUUAUGGUGACAGACAACGCAGGAUACAUUGGGAAUCUGGACUGGGUUGGCAGUGAGUUUUCCUUCAACGCAGGAGCCGGGCUGGUGAUUCAGGAAUCAGAGGACCAGCGGAAAGGGCAGGACUCAAUUGUAGAGCAGCUGACUGCUGCUUUUGAAAGAGACUGGUUUUCACCCUACACAAUAAGCCUGCUAUCUGGCAGCACAACCCUUCAGGAGAGCCAACAUGGGAGGCAGAAACUGCAAUCUCUGAAGACAAAAGCAGAGAGCAGAGAGCAUGAGUGAGCGGCGGGAAUUUCUCUCUGAAGCGGGACCAAUAAGCCAAGGACUUUGUGCCUCAGAACAUCUGCGCCAUGACUCUUAACAUUUGAGUUUUCAAAUGCUGUCAAUGGAACUGAAUUAUAAUCUCUGAAGGACUUCUGUGAAGGAAAAGAUUUUUGAGUGCUUUCUUUUUAACAUUAUACAGUACAGCACUUUCAGUGAAAAACAUUACUCUUUCACUAAAUCUUUAUAUAAUGCAUGCCUAUUUAGAUGAGCAGAACUGUUGAAAUUAUUUACUCCAAUAUUCAGACUUUUCUUAUUUUAAACCAAAAUAUUCUGAGGCCCAUGGAAAACUGUCAAGAAAGGACAUUAACAAAAUUUUGUAAUUGUGAUUUUCUCAAGCUGUUCAUCAGCCAUCUUUUUUUUUAAAAACAAGCACAUUUUUAGUAAAAGAAAUUUUGAAAAAAUCUGCAUAUAUGCCAACACAUGUGCUGAUUA